CCGGAAGUGAUCGUGACGGUCGGCAGGCUAACCGCUAGCAGCUAGCAGAGCUUUAACAUGAGCAGCCGAGGAGCUGUGACACCCAGAGAGGAGCAGGAGGAGGAGGACGACUUCUACGACUGCCAGGAGACACUGGGGCCUCCAGGCCAGAGAGGGGAGGAGCAGGAGGAGACCCGACAGGAUGCAGGAGCGUUGGGGGACUUUCAAAAUAAAACUGACAGACUGACGGACAGAAGGGACAAUACAGAGAGUCAGGCAGGAGGAGCAGGAAGACAGGAGGAGGAGCAGCACAGCAGGGUACAGGAGGAGGAGCAGGGCGACAGGCUGCAGGAGGAGGAACAGGGCGACAGGCUACAGGAGGAGGAGGAGCAGGGCGACAGGCUGCAGGAGGACUCAGACUCAGAGAUGAAGGAGGAGGAGGAGGUGCAGGGCGACAGGCUGCAGAGCGACAGGCUGCUGCAGGAGGAGGAGGAGCAGGGCGACAGGCUGCAGGAGGAGGAGGAGGUGCAGGGCGACAGGCUGCAGGAGGAGGAGGAGGAGGAGCAGGGCGACAGGCUGCAGGAGGAGGAGGAGGAGGAGGAGCAGGGCGACAGGCUCCAGGAGGAGGAGGAGGAGCAGGGCGACAGGCUGCAGGAGGACUCAGACUCAGAGAUGAAGGAGGAGGAGGAGAAGGAGGUGGAGUUGGACGAUGAAUACCUCCUGGAGGUGGAGAAGGGGCUGACGGAGGAGGAGAAGGAGACUCGACGGAAGGAGAGUUUUACUCUGAAGGAGACAGGAAACGCGCAGUUCAAAGCUGGAGACUGGUUGGCGGCGGGGCGGAGCUACAGCGAGGCGUUGGCUUUGUGUCCCGUGUGUUUCAGCAGAGAGAGAGCCGUGCUGUUCUCCAACAGAGCUGCUGCAAGACUGCACCUGGACCUGAAGCAGCAGGCGAUCUCAGACUGCAGUAGAGCGAUAGAGCUGAACCCGGACUAUGUGCGGGCGCUGCUGAGGAGGGCGGAGCUUCACGAGCAGACGGAGAAACUGGACGAAGCUCUGGAGGACUACAAGAAGGUCCUGGACCUGGACCCCAACCAGCCCGCCGCCAGGACCGCCUGCAUGAGGCUGCCUCAGCAGAUUCAGGAGAGGAAUGAGAAGUUGAAGGAGGAGAUGAUGAGUAAGCUGAAGGACCUGGGGAACCUGGUCCUGAGACCCUUUGGACUGUCAACCAGCAACUUCCAGGUCAACCAGGACCAACAGACCGGAUCCUACUCCAUCAACUUCAUCCAGAACCCCAACAACAACAACAGAUGACCCCACAACAACAACAACAACAACAACAACAGACCGGGUCCUACUCCAUCAACUUCAUCCAGAACCCCAACAACAACAACAGAUGACCCCACAACAACAACAACAACAACAACAACAACAACAACAACAACAACAACAACAACAACAACAACAACAACAGACCGGAUCCUACUCCAUCAACUUCAUCCAGAACCCCAACAACAACAACAGAUGACCCCACAACAACAACAACAACAACAACAACAACAGACCGGGUCCUACUCCAUCAACUUCAUCCAGAACCCCAACAACAACAACAGAUGACCCAACAACAACAACAACAACAACAACAACAACAACAACAACAACAGACCGGAUCCUACUCCAUCAACUUCAUCCAGAACCCCAACAACAACAACAGAUGACCCCACAACAACAACAACAACAACAACAACAGCAACAACAGACCGGAUCCUACUCCAUCAACUUCAUCCAGAACCCCAACAACAACAACAACAACAACAACAACAACAGAUGACCUCACAGUCAGAGGUGAUGACGUCACAGCGGGCGGUGAUGAUGUCACAGCGGGCGGUGAUGAUGUCACAGCGGGCGGUGAUGACGUCACAGCGGGCGGUGAUGACGUCACAGCGGGCGGUGAUGACGUCACAGCGGGCGGUGAUGACGUCACAGCGGGCGGUGAUGACGUCACAGCGGGCGGUGAUGAUGUCACAGGUCGUGUUGUUUUGUUCAGAGGAAAAUAAAAGCUGGUUGUUUUGUUUCCUGUUUGUAUUUUUUAUCAGAUCGCUGGAAACGGGGACAGAAGAGUUUAUAAUAUUAAAUCUGAACUCUUGUUUCUUUA